AUGUCGCAGCCUUCCGAGCAGCCUCGCCUGUCGCCUCAAUUUUGCUUCUCCUUUGGUACGGUUCGUGAUUUCUUGCGACUGUCACGAGCUUCAAUAGACGACUCCAUCACCCAGAACCUCAAUGCCCUGGUAACGCCGGCGCGGACGGGCUUCGAUCCUAACUCGACAUCAAGACGCACCCCGCGGUCGUUCACCGAGCAAAUCGAUCCCGAGGCAUGUCAAAAGUUCAAAGAUGAAGUCCUUUUUCCCUCGUGGAAGGCCAGAGCCGACGUGCUCAGCUAUUGUGGCAUUGUCGCAACCAGCCCGGAUCCCUCGGACCCAGAGGCCGCCGUGAUAGCGCUGGAGACUCAGAAGAAUCGAGAGCGCAUUGUCGACGAACGCCUAGAUCCAUAUUCGGGACGAUUCUUCCCUCGGGAACCUCGAACACAGUCCCUCGCCCUUCUCAUGCGCCAGGAACGAGCCGUCGAGAAUAUCGUGCGCAACAGAACGUGGGACGUCAUCCAAGGCAGAUGCGGUGCUUCCGGGCAGAGCUGGCAGGAUGCUAUGGGCGAUUGGGAAGCGCAGAAGUACAAGUGAGGACAGGGUGAGAUCGACCUAUGACAACAGGCGACAUCAUGGCCAUCAGCAAUAUCCUGUCUGCUGCAGAGUCGUGGUGCCGCGUGUAUGAUGUUGGGCGUGGACUGAACAUACCUUGUGAAUUGGACAUAGAUAUCAAACUUGUAUAUAACGACAUAUGU